AGAGAGAGAGAGAGAGAGAGGGCAGUUGAUGUUUCAAAGGUAGAUAAAGUGGUGACAAAGAAAAAAAUAUAAGAAGCCUUAAAUGCUAGGUCGUUGAUGAAUGAUGAUGGGUUCUCUCUAUUCAUUUUGUUUCUCGUAAGGCCGAAGCGUACCCAAUAUACCCACCACCUCCCUCCUUUUGGUAUAUAUGUCUUUGUUUAAAUUCCAUUUUCUGUAGAUCAACGGCACCCUUUGUCAUAAUCUUCUGUUCUGAACAAUUGGAGGCCAAAAAAAUGGAGUUUUAUCCACACCCAUCUCGAUUUUCUAUGUCUUCAUUGCCUUUCUUUGGAGAUUUAGUUGGAAAGGUUAAAGAAGUUUGCGAUUUUGCUGUUUCUGCAAUCAUCGGGAACGUUUUCUCUGCGAUCUUCACCUUCUUCUUUGCUUUAGUGGGCACCUUGUUAGGAGCCAUGACUGGAGCUUUGAUAGGCCAAGAAACUGAGAGUGGGUUUGUUCGAGGGGCUGCAGUUGGAGCCAUAUCAGGAGCUGUUUUCUCAAUUGAAGUUUUUGAAUCUUCUCUUCUUCUUUGGCAGUCGGAUGAAUCUGGGAUUGGGUGUCUCCUCUACUUGAUUGAUGUUAUUGCAAGCCUCCUUAGUGGGAGACUUGUUCGGGAGCGAAUUGGUCCAGCCAUGUUAAGUGCAGUACAAAGCCAGAUGGGUGCUGUUGAAACAAGCUUUGACGAGGUCCAGAACAUCUUUGACACUGGUGGUGCCAAGGGAUUGCCAGGUGAUUCUGUUGAAAAGAUUCCCAAGAUCAAAAUCACAAGUAAUAACAACGUAGAUGCUUCAGGGGAGAGAGUUGCUUGUUCAGUUUGCCUUCAGGACUUUCAGCUUGGAGAGACGGUGAGAAGCUUGCCUCAUUGUCAUCACAUGUUCCACCUACCAUGCAUAGAUAAGUGGCUCCUUAGGCAUGCAUCUUGCCCAUUGUGCAGAAGGGAUCUGUGAUGUGUUUUUUUCCCUGUAAAUUACAAGAUGAGAAAUGGUUAUUUUAUUAAUUACAUGUAUGGUCACUACCUUUGAGGGCCUUUUCUGUUUUUAUCCAUUCAUCUGACCAGAUGAGUUGUGGUAGUUUAGGUAUGCCACGAUCUUUAUACUAGAUCAGUGAUUUGUAUAAAAAUUUUGAGUUAUGGUAGUUUUAAUUGCAUUUUUUGUUUC